CGGCAAGACUCGGUCACACAUGGUGAGUAGAUAUCUAGACAAACCCGCCCUCUUCUCUUCCUCGAUUCCCUGUCAGGCUUGUCGCCUGGGCCUCUGUCAUCUAGAAGCUGCCCGUAUUCUCUACCCACCGAGCACUGCUCGCUCUGUCGCGAAUCCUCCAUUGGGCAUUCGUCUACAUGGAUGUUUGUCGUUUUGCCCCGCUCCCACAUCCGGCGGAGAGCGAGUUCAAGUGUCUGGCCUUGUGCGUCUGGCUUCAAAUACUGCUACGACUGCAAUAGGGCAAGUCUGCUCUAGUAACCUCCACGCCGGACACAAAUUGCUCCCGUGCUCCUUUAGAUGACGCGUCAAUGCAUUGGCCUAGAUCACCGUCCUUGUCAUCUCUCCGUCACGAAAUCCUCCUUACUCUGCCAGGGGAUUUCUAGGUCUCCGAAGGGGAUUUGGGAGACCUUCCUAACCCUUUAUUCGCCCCCCCGAGCCCGAACCCGAUACCCUCAAUUUGGUGCAGACAUGAACUCUAUCCUGAUCCCCCUGAUACUCUCGUGAUAAUUUGGCCAGAAAUCUAGCAGCGAUGACAUAUUAUCUGACUGACGCGUUUAAGGCUUUCGAAAAUGCGUCCACCAGCGUUGCUGCCGCCCAGAUGCGCAACGCCUUGACCGAGCUUGCGGAAACUGUCAAGGACGAAGAACAGAAGAAGUUGUUCGACACAGAAAUGGACAACUUCUUUGCUCUCUUCCGUCGCUACCUAAAUGACAAAGCCAAGAGCAAUGCUGUCGAUUGGGACCGCAUCGCCCCCCCGGCGCAGGGUCAAGUUGUCGACUAUGAGGAUCUGGCUAACAGCGAAUCCGUGGGAUUCCUCAACAAGCUCGCCGUCCUGAAGCUGAACGGUGGCCUGGGUACGUCCAUGGGAUGCGUAGGUCCCAAGUCGGUUAUCGAAGUUCGCGAUGGCAUGUCUUUCCUAGACAUGUCCGUACGACAAGUCGAAUACUUGAACCGAACAUACAACACCAACGUUCCCUUUAUCCUGAUGAAUUCGUUCAAUACACACGAUGACACCGCUGCCAUCAUCAAGAAAUACGAAGGACACAACGUCGACAUCCUCACCUUCAACCAGUCGCGUUACCCUCGUAUCUACAAGGACUCCCUCUUACCCGUGCCGAAGACGUUCGACUCGGCCAUUAAUGAAUGGUAUCCCCCGGGACACGGUGACGUAUUCGAGUCCCUCUAUAACUCCGGCCUCCUCGACAAGCUGAUCGAUCGCGGCAUCGAGAUAAUCUUCUUGUCCAACGUGGAUAACUUGGGUGCCGUCGUGGAUCUGCGCAUCCUACAGCACAUGGUCGAGACGGGAGCCGAGUACCUCAUGGAGUUGACCAACAAGACCAAGGCUGACGUAAAAGGUGGUACCAUCAUUGACUACGAGGGCUCGGUCCGCUUGCUCGAGAUUGCUCAAGUACCGAAGGAGCACACGAAUGAGUUCAAGUCGAUAAAGAAGUUCAAGUACUUCAACACCAACAACAUCUGGAUGAGCACCAAGGCCGUCAAGCGUGUGGUGGAGAACAACGAGCUCGCGAUGGAGAUCAUUCCCAACGGAAAGUCCAUCCCCGGUGACAAGAAGGGCGAAUCCGACAUCUCCAUCCUCCAGCUCGAGACCGCCGUCGGUGCUGCUAUUCGUCACUUCAACAAUGCCCAUGGUGUCAACGUGCCCCGUCGACGAUUCUUACCCGUCAAGACGUGCUCAGACCUGAUGCUUGUCAAGUCGGACCUCUACACCAUCAAGCACGGGCAAUUGCAAAUGAGCCCUAGCCGAUUUGGUGGCGCGCCGCUCAUCAAGCUCGGAAAUGACUUCAAGAAGGUAUCCGAUUUCCAGAAGCGUAUCCCGUCGAUUCCGAAGAUCAUCGAGCUCGACCACCUCACCAUCACGGGCAACGUCAACUUGCAUCGCGGCGUGGAGCUUAAGGGAACCGUCAUCAUCGUGGCGACAGAGGGCUCUACAAUCGACAUUCCUCCCGGAUCCAUCCUGGAGAAUGUCGUGGUGCAGGGAAGCUUACGUCUACUGGAGCAUUAAUUUUACGCGAAAAGGGGCGAUGGUUGACGGUGAUGCACUCAGAAGCUUUCCGAGUGUUUGUUGCUCGCCGUACUUAUAUUGAUACGUAGACGUUUGCUUCAGUAAGUCUACAGGCCAUGUUAGGAGGUAUGGGUCUUUUUUAGAGGCAGAUGGAAGGCGGAAGGAAACGGGCGCGUCAGGUAAAAGAGGACGUCGAGAUGAUAAUGUUGCACAAUAAAGAGACGCAUGCAUAUGCAAGCAGUAAUACAUUUACGUGCCCACGUUGCGGA